AUGACCGAAAGGGGGGGGCACUACCGUUUCGUCGCUGGUGGAGGCGCGAAGCCGGGGGCCGCCGCCGCCCUCCCGCCGGCAUCGACCCCGCACACGCAGGAGCACGCCCACCGCCCGUGCGUGGAGGAACGAGCGCUAACGCGCCGCUCCGGCAGCAAGCGGGACCGCGAGACCGCCGCCGCCACAGACGUCGGCUACUCCAAGGAGGAGCAUAAGGCGGCCACGCGGCGAGCAGCGGACCGCGCAGAAGACACCUCAGCGCCCGCCCGGAAGCACCCAAAAGUGACGUACAUUCUCCCGAAUCAGAGCCGCGAGGAGGGCCACUUCUACGUGGUGCUCGGCGAGGACAUUGACGUCUCGACGCAGCGCUUCAAGAUCCUCUCGAUGCUGGGCGAGGGCACCUUCGGCAAGGUGGUGGAGGCGUGGGACCGCAAGCGCAAGGAGUACUGCGCGGUGAAGAUUGUGCGCAACGUGCCCAAGUACACGCGGGACGCGAAGAUCGAGAUUCAGUUCAUGGAGAAGGUGCGCCAGUCGGACGCCGCCGACCGGUACUCCCUGAUGAAGAUCCAGCGCUACUUCCAGAACGAGACCGGCCACAUGUGCAUCGUGAUGCCAAAGUAUGGGCCGUGCCUGCUGGACUGGAUCAUGAAGCACGGCCCCUUCGGCCACCGCCACCUGGCGCAGGUCAUAUUCCAGGCGGGCACGGCGCUGGACUACUUCCACACGGAGCUGCGGCUGAUGCACACCGACCUGAAGCCGGAGAACAUGCUGCUGGAGACCGGCGAGACGGCGGUGGACCCCCUCACGCGCAAGACGACGCCGGUCGAGCCGUGCCGCAUCCGCAUCUGCGACCUCGGCGGCUGCUGCGACGAGCGCCACAGCCGCACGGCCAUCGUGUCGACGCGCCACUACCGCAGCCCCGAGGUGGUGCUGGGGCUGGGGUGGAUGUACUCGACGGACAUGUGGUCCAUGGGCUGCAUCAUCUACGAGCUCCACACGGGCAAGCUGCUGUACGACACCCACGACAACCUCGAGCACCUGCACAUGAUCGAGAAGACGCUUGGUCGCCUGCCGUCGGAGUGGGCGGGGCGCUGCGGCACGGAGGAGGCGCGCCAGCUGUACAACUCCGCCGCGCAGCUGCGCCCCUGCACCGACCCGAAGCACCUUGCCCGCAUCGCCCGGGCCCGGCCGGUGCGGGAGGUCAUCGCGGACAAGCUGCUCUGCGACCUCAUCUACGGCCUGCUGCACUUCGACCGCCAGAAGCGGCUGACGGCGCGGCAGAUGACGACGCACCCGUACGUGCUGAAGUACUACCCGGAGGCGCGGCAGCACCCGAACUUCCCCGACAACCGCCCAAACCUCCGCCCCACACCGCUCAUGUGA